AGUCGGUGCGAGAUUACAGAUUGGGGAGGGCUGCAUGGAGAGCUGGAGAGACAAAACAAAAGCCACACAUUUCAACCAACAGGCGCUGGUCGCUUUUUAUUAUUUUUGAUCAACCAAAGGAAAUUGGAUUCUUUAUUCGAAUCUCUAACUGUUUAACAGCAAUAUUUCCAAGAGUUUAUAUCAUGCCUAGUAGCACGUCUUUGCUGGAGGCCGACGAGGGAGAGUCCGAGGUCCCACCGCCACUAGUGCACGCUUUCGCCGGUAUGGGCCUUGAGGAGCACCACGGCACCCAGACCCAAACUCCCGAACAACCAGAUGAGAGCCUCUCCUUUCACCACCACCAACAACAACUUCCUCCCGUUUCCCAUUUCAGUCUCCUCGGUACCGUCCUAGACUUGAAGCCCCUACCCCUGCAUCGGCCGCCAUCGGGAGAUGAAGCGAACAUAGCGGCAGCGCCCGAAGACGGAGAGCUAGAAGUUGUAGCCUCCACCGAGUCGGGUUGCAAAUCUGGCUCAUUUCUAGCGCAGGCCCACCGCCCCCAACAUCUCCCAUCGGGGCCUGGUGGCUCCAUUAUACCGUCCGGGAUGGAACCGCAGCACAUCGAGACGGUGUUACUCUACAACGGAGACGAGCGGGAUGAUACCGGAGUGAAUGGCGGCGGCUCUCUGGCACCGGGUAGCAUGCUGCCGUCCGGCGUGUACGGGGAACCGGGCUUUGAGGCCGAACCAUCGCUCUUGGCUCGGCGAAAGAGCGUCAACACGACGGAGUGUGUGGCCGUGCCGAGCUCCGAGCACGUCGCGGAGAUCGUGGGCAGGCAGGGUGAGUCGAUGUUGUCUUUCUCUCGGUGUGGGUUUAGGACAAUAAAGCUAACUGAUGCUAAACUGCUAAUGAGAGUUUGGACGAAACUUGGUGAAGAGAAGGAAGCGGUAUCGAUGACUAAAUCACUGUGUACUCUUUGUUUGGGACAAAAGUAAUGGACGUAUAAUUAUGCAGUUAAACAGUUUACAGAAAUGUGGGGUAACGAUAAUGAUAAAUAAAAAUGUGGUUACUUUUUCAGAACAGAAGGGUGGCCUUACAUAUCAAGAGUAUUGAACCAGGUGUUUUUUUUUUAGAAUUUAAGAUUUUUAAUUUCCUUACAUAGAUUUAAAAUUUGUCUUAUUCUGUGUGCUUUUAACUCCAAACGUCAAAAAUUACAACAAACAUCCAGCUCCAACAGUGUUCGUUAGCUUGAAUCUAGCUAGCUUAGCACUCCUCUAAGUGGGUCAUCAUCACCCUCGCCCAACACUCUCUUAAAAGUUUACAUCACAAGUUUUAUCCAACUGCACUUUUCCCUCUCCAAGUCGUCUCCCUUUGACAAUAAAUUCGUAUUAAAAAGAUGUGUUUGGGUGUCGCAGACUUAGAGCCAGCACUGAGCCCUGCUUUGUCGAGCUAAAGCAGGCUUGUCUUUGUCUCUGAGGAGACCAUGAAGAGCGGUGUGUGUGCUGGUCUCCAUUGCUUUGCCACAUCAGCUGUGGGUUAUAGUUAGCUCUGUGACAUAACCAAGACAUCUGGGUUCCGCUCAAAAUGACAGACUUUUCUAUGUUGUCAAACGCCUUGAUUAUUUCUUUUCUUCCACGUGAAGUUAACACAGCUCAAAGGUAAAGGUUUGGGAGUGUUGUUAUGUCGUAUAUGAAAGCAGUUGGGGGAGGGUGCACAGACUGCAGUGUUGACAACAACAGGAAAUGGCUCUGGUAAUGAUGCUGGACUCUCAACCACAGCUAAAGGGAAUAUUUAAUUUAUGAGCUAUGCAACUUUUAAAUGGCAUUAGGGACUGGAGGCUGAAACAGCUUGUGCAGUGAUCUUUUAUUAGGUCAACGUAGGGAUAAAAAAGUUUUAUGUUGUAUCUUUGUAAUUCAAUCUGAAACAUGGAUAGUCUAACUUUUUUUCUUCUUUGUAGGCUGUAAGAUCAAGGCACUACGAGCCAAGACCAACACCUACAUUAAGACACCGGUCAGAGGGGAGCAGCCCGUCUUUGUUGUGACUGGUCGCAAAGAAGAUGUGGCCAUGGCAAAGAGGGAGAUCCUGUCAGCAGCCGAGCAUUUCUCCCUCAUUAGAGCCUCACGGAACAAGACUGGCCCUCUGUCUGCUGUGACUGGUCCUGGGACCCCUGCUCUUCCUGGACAGACAACCAUUCAGGUCAGUAAGCACGUGAUAAUGAGUCAAUGUGUUGAAGAUAUAACACACACACACACAUCCUGGUGCAAUGAGUCACAUAAAGAGUUGUUAUUUUAAGUGUUGAGAAUGUUUUCUGUCCAAAGGAACUUUUGUGAUGUUUGAUUUUUUUGUUGUGUUAAGCACUGUUAAGUCACCAUUUAUUCUUUUAACCCUACAGGUGCGGGUACCAUAUCGUGUUGUAGGGUUGGUUGUGGGUCCUAAAGGUGGGUCUUGUUUCUUUUCCAUAUCAAGAUAGUCAUUGUUUAAGGCAAAACAGUAGUUUAUUGUGAUUCUAACUUACAAAUGAACCGUGUUAUUGUGUUAAUUAACUUGCAUUGUCCUCUGUUUUUAUUAUUUUUUGAAUUUAUACCAAACAGUGAACCUUGUAUGCUUUUAGGUCUGAAAAAGAGUGUUCGUAUGUUCUGCUCCAGUAGCCUUCAUUUUGCUGCCACUGUGUCUUCAACCCCUUGCCCUGUUGACAUUACCACCUCAGUGUCAGAGAGCCCUGGGGUUGAUUUGUAAAUUGAAAUGUAGUGCUUCUCAGCCAUGUGCCACCAGGCUGGAGAGAAAGACAAGACCUCAGGUUUGACAAGUGAAGGAAACUUUGUGUUGGACACAGAUGAAAAAUGCAAAAGUUUCAAAAAUUUGCAAAUAACUUAAACCCUUUUAUUUAUUGGUAAACAUUAUAAAUUCAGUGAACAAGUCAAGAAAAAUUAAAAACUAUGUUCACAUUUUGAAUUUGAUGCAAGAAACCCUUGGUAAAAGAAGUUCUCUCUAUUUGUUGCAACACCUCAUUUAUACAACAUACUUCAAAUGCUUUGGAAAAAGAUGAGACCAAUUUUUAAGAGUUUUGAAAGAGAUGUUGAAAUCCAUGGUUGGAUUUCAGCUGCCUGGCAGUUUGGGCUCUCUUUUGUCAUAUUUCUCCUGGUCUUGAUAAACCAAAUACUGCAGGCCAGUAACCUGACUGUUCUUUGAGGCCAUACUGUUGUGACUGGUGCAAAAUGUAGUUUUGGCAUCUUUAGGCUGUACUAUGCAGAGUCUCCCCCCCAAAAUGCAACAUCUGGAUGGCAACAUGUUUCUCAAAACCUUUAUCUUUUGUUCAGGAUUUAAAGUUUGGACUCUGGACAUGGAUGAAAUUGUGGCUUUCAAACUUUGCCCUGAAAACAAGCUGGGUGGUUGCUUUAUUCUUCUGAACUAAGAACAUACAUCCAUGACUCCCCAAAACUCUGUCAGAUUUGGAUUUGUCUGUCCUCAGAACAGUUUCCACUUUUUCUCAGUCCAGCUUAAAUGAGCGCAGACAUUUCUAGAUCAAGUUUGAAUACAGCGUCAUUUUUUCAUGAUGCAGUUUUAAUCCACAUUUGUAGAUGUAUCAAUGAAUCGUUUAUACAGACAAUGGUUUUGGGAGUGAUUUUGAGCCCAUUACUGGAUUUCCACUUCAGAUUUAUGUCUGUUUUAUCACAGCGCUGCCUAGGGGCCCCCUUUUUAUACCCUUUCGUGUUACUUACCUGCUGUUAAUUAAUUGGAAAGUAGCCUUACUUUUAUAGCGUUUAUUGUUCCCGCCCCUCCUUCCUUUUGAAAUGAGUUGCUGGCAUCAAAAUAAAAAGGAGCAUACACAUCCCAUCAAAUCAAUAUACAUUUUCUGUUUAGUUUGAACAUUUGUUACAUUGUCUAUAAAAUAAAUGGGUUUAAAUCUGUUUUUUUUAUCAGCUCUUUAUUGAUAACUGUGAAUAUUUUCGAAUCGGUGUUGUUUAAAGUGAAUGUAAACAUCUGUCCGUUUUUACAGUUUAAUGUUACAUUGAAAAUGGUUUCCACACCAGAGUGAAACAGCCUGCUGGUUGAGUGGUGUGUGCUUUAGCCAGAUGAGUCACCGAGACAACCUGCAAAUCAUUUCUAUAAUUACUGCACAGCUGUGUUCAAUCUAUUUCUAAUGCUGGGUGAAAAAUAAGAGUAAUUACUGAACACAUUAUCGUUAAUAUGGCAGCGCAGCCUUUUAGCAGAACUUGUCUUUGGAUAAUCUGUCAGUUACUAACAAUGAGGUCAAGUUUGAGCUUAAAGCCCCAUUAAAGCAUGCCUCGUUUUUCUGUUUUCUUGUGUUAAUGUAUGAAGUGCCGUUUAUACCUUCUGGACUAUUGAUUUUGUCUUCAAUUGUCACUGUUAAUGCAGCUUCUUUUGGGUGUCGUGUGAACACUCUUGAAAAAGUCGGACAUUUUUUUGUGUGGAUCUAAAUUUAGCCCUGAACUCUUGACAUUCAUGUUAGCAUUUAGCCAGAGCUUUUAUUCUGUGUUAUGCUGAGUUGGUCAGUCAAACAAAAGGGUCACUGGUCUGGUUAUGUCUUUCAGGUGCGACCAUCAAGCGUAUACAACAGCAGACCCACACCUACAUUGUGACACCAAGUCGUGACAAAGAGCCGGUGUUUGAGGUCACUGGGAUGCCCGAGAACGUCGACCGUGCAAGGGAUGAGAUCGAGGCACACAUCGCCCUUCGCACGGGAACCUGCGGAGGCAUUGAGGCUCCUGGUGUGGAUAACAAUGACUUUCAAUUCAAUGGGACUGACGUCAGCUUUGAGAGCUCCGCUACGCUGGCUGGGCUGGGUGAGGCUGGAUGGCUCCACGCUGGUGCAUCAUCACCAGGUGGUGCUGGUGGCGGUCUGCUACCACUGAGCAUCAACGGUACUCCACGAGUCAAUAGCAAUAUCAACAGCGGUGUCAGAAUGUCUUCCACCUACCGUAACGACAGCUCCAGUUCCCUGGGCAGCGGCUCCAGCUCGGCUGAUUCUUUCUACGGCAGUGGGAAUGCCAACCGGAUGGCUGAUUUUAGCCCGACCUGUCCAUUCAAUGCCAACGCCAACAACAACAACAACAGUAACGGCAGUGCCAGCUUCUGGUUUGGUGAGAGCCUUCUCCCCGUGGGGUCAGAGGAGCUUGUCAGCCUGGGAGGUGGAGGUCCCUCCUCAGGAUUUGACCCGUUAACCAUCUCCACUGCCCAAGCAUCGCACCCUGCUGCACAGCCACAAAUCUGGAGCCCUUUUGUGGACCAACAGCCCCCCCAGACUUUUGAUGCUCGUCAGUCUCAGGUAAGAAAAUCAAACAGAGUGUAUAGUUUAUUGUCCUUUCCAUACAGAGAUAAAAAAAGUAUCACUCAAUGUAUUUAACAGCUUUUUAUUUUUUCAUUCAGUGAUGGCAGAACUCUAACAACUGUUGUCUUGACUGUCUCCAGACCAGUCAGCCUGGGACGCCCCGCCUCUCUCCAACCUUCUCCGGGACAGAAGCCCUGGAGCACCCUCAGGCGCAGCGUGUUCACCGGGGGGCUUUCGGCUUGGCAGGGACCCUCGACACCCACAGGUUCCCCUCCUACAGCUCGGCCUUCUCCUCUUCCAGUGAAAGCACCGCCUCCUCCUCUUCCCCUCCCGAACCCUCCCUCUCCUAUAGAGCGGGUCUGGGAUCAGCAGGGAGAGCACAGGAAGUGUGUAUCCACUGUAUGGAUAACCAGGUAGUCGCCGCCCUGGUUCCCUGCGGCCACAACCUCUUCUGUCUUGAUUGUGCCACCCACAUAUGCCAGGGUCCAGACGCUGUUUGCCCUGUGUGCCUGUCCCCGGUCACACAGGCCAUUCAGCUCCGCAACAUGUGAGUUCGAUCCAUUUAACCUUCAACGGCUGAUGCGGGGUCAGCCACCCAAACACUUCCAACUUCGAAAUAGUCUGAGGUAUUUACAAAACUGACCCCAUAUCAGUGUCUCGGUGUUUCCUCGUUCCCGGUUUGUCCAGACAGGUGUUUUGUUGGCAAAUAUGGGGAAGAAUAAGUGAAUAAGGAAUGAUGUGUAUUUCAGGCAUGGGUUAGGGUCUUCAGCCUAUUCAUGUGCCUGUUAUUGUGAAGUCUUCUUCCUGGGUUGAUUGAUUGGUUGAUCAAUGGGAGGGUUGGAAACCCUCUGUGUAGCAUUGGGGGGAGGGAGGGGAUAUAGAUAUAUAUAAUUUUUGCUCAUCGUGAUUACUGAUUUACACUUUUUUUCCUCCCCAAAACAUCGAGUUAUAUUUUUGCCAACCUGUAUUUUAUUAAAAUUUUAAAUGUACUUUGAAUUUUAUUAGAUACACAAUGUUGGCUUUUAUGUCAGUUGUGUUUCUCGUUUGCAUCACAAAUCCAUCUUAUCCGUUUUUAAUUUUUUUAAGAUUUUUAUUUUUUUGCUGCUGGAUUUGUUUUUUGUUCCGAAAUACGGCCCAGCCCUCUGCCUCUCGAUUAUUGUGCCCACACAAAGAGAAGAGCAUGUUUACAUAUAGUGAGUUCUUUCUACCAGUAUGUAUGAAUAGUAUUCUCCUGGUUUGGAAUUUGAAUGCCUACUCUAGUUAACUGGAUAUAACUUACAAAUGCCAUAUUAUCAGGCGACUUUAUCCCACAGAAUUUGUAUAGAUUAUAAAGAGGCUGGCGAAGUGUCGAACAGAAUCUGAUGCUCCAGCUCAUAAAACAGAACAUAUGUGUACCUCUGAUAUUAAUCACAUUUUGGUACACCCCCCCCACCAGAGAGUCAAAAUGUAAAGUUGCGACCUCUCAUUGUCUCAAGUUUCUUUUAAUCAGAUCAGAAAAAAAGGUGUAACUCCAGGAUGUUACACUUGUUCAGUAUCGCCACGUUGCUUUCCAUUUCUACUUUAAAAAAAAAAGUGUUUACGGUAAACUUGUGCCUGAUUCUGUUUGGAGUAAACAAAAAGGAAAGACCGAGUCCAGUUGACUCACAGUGUUGCUCCGUCUUAAAACAAACUUGUGGCCUUCAUGAAAGCCUAUAAUUUACUGACAACACUAUCUACAAAUCCUGAAUUUAGCUCUAAAGAACACAAACUGACAGACUGAGGUCUUAAUGACGAAGUGAAGUCUUUUGAAUACACCUUGACGGAUCAAAGAUGAUAUAACACACAGAUGAUUUCUUUUGCUUCCAUAAUUCUGAGCCUUUGGCAGGUAUCUACCUAUUGCUUUAUCUUAGCACCAAACACUUCCAUUUAGCCUAUUUUGUUCGAAAUUCUUCCCCUUCUUCACUUUCCCCCCUUUUUUUUAUAUCUUAGUCCUUGUUUGGGAAGCCCGUGCUGGUUCUCGGUUUGAAAGAUAAGCACAGCUCCUACAUUUGGUAACAUUCCUUCUCCCCUGAAUUGUAGACACUUUAGUAAAGUCGAUGAAAAGUUAGACCUCACCUGGGAGUCAAAAAGAGCUGAAAUUCAUAUGAUGAAAGACAGCUGUAACCUGGAACAAAAAAGCCGUACUGUAAAGGCGGCCUGCUGACAUAUAAGACAUCUCAACAGUAUCCUACAUUUCACUUGAAUGUUCUUGAACGUGUACUGCUCCACCCUGUGGCCGUCAUAUCAAAGCCAUUUUCUCCUCUGUGAAGAAGCAGGGAACAGAAUAACUCCAUAACUUAAUUUCUCGUCCUGUCUACCAGGCCUAUGCAAAAAUGGUCUCCGUUUGUUAAUUCCUCUAGGAAGCACUAGAUGUAACUAAACUCCUUGGGUUUUCAUUGCAGAGCUCAAACAAUGUUGGUCUUAAAAUGGGAGACAGGCAUAUUCCUUUCGCUUUUUCUACAUUUCAGACUUUUUAACCUGCUUUAAUACACAAAUAAGAGGUUUUCAUGGUACACACUUUGCUUUUCAUGUUUUACCAUCUGGAUUUGAUUUUUUUUUUCCUGGAUUUUUCCUUUCUCUCUUAUCUCAUUCAUGACUUGAUGGGACUGCAAAAACAUUUAAGGUUUGAUUUUCCUCCCCUUCUGUCUGUUCCUCUACCUGGAAAUUUUAAGAAAAGGGUACAAAUUGGUGGAAAUCAUCUCAAAACGUUAGCUUUAAACACCAGUGUCUCUGGACUUUGUUUUGACAGGAAUAAAUGAGUUGACAGGACAUUUUUGAAGGGGAUGAUCUCAGAUUGGAUUGUGCUGACACUACACAAGGUCAUACUGUUUCUUUACUGCAUGGACAUGAAACCCCCAGUCCCUCCAGCAUUCCAGCUGUGAACAGUAUUUGGGAGUUGUUUUUUUCCAUCGCUUCGCUCUGUUUCCUCCACUUUCGUUCGAGUUUUCUCAAGGAAAUGGAACCAAACGAAUCUCAGAAGUGCAAAAAACCCCACACCUGCUUUUGCCCUCUCUGGUCUUCUCUCCGUCCUUUUUCAUUUGACUUCUCCGCUCCGAGACGGUCAAUGUUUCUUUGCUCUCUUUCUAAGGAAAUGCAAUAUGCUGUCGGCCCUCACUUUAUUGACAUGAAUCUAUAGACAUUUUUGUGUAUGUAUUAUUACUGUUAAUGACUGAUGAAUAUACAGAACUUAUUUUUAUUUUGUUACAUUUCAUAUAUAUACAUAAAUAUAUAUCUAUAUUAAAAUGUUUACAAUAAGAUUUCUAAUUUUUUUUACUUUACUCUGAGUGAAUGAAGAGUUGGACACCCAGAAAUGUUGCAGGAGGAAGUCAGUGCUUUCUGCUUGUAGUCUAGUUAUUAGUUUACAGUAUUGAUGAUAAUAGUAUUGAUAGCUGCCGUUUAACUUAGUGGAAAAUGGAAUGUGCAUCACAAGCAUGUCUUCAUAAUGUACCGCCAAUGUAAAACGUCACACUGCAACUGUAAAAAGGCCAGGGAUUCAAGCUGCCUGUCAUGUCUGUACGCCACCAAAUUAGAACGGUAUACUGUAAAAUGUAUCUUAGAUUAUCUAUAUAUAAAUUCAUAUAUUGUUAAGCUGUACCAACAGUUCAAAGUAUUUGCUAAUUUUACUACAGUUUUGUUAUGUAUAUGUAGGGGGAGUCUUAUGGCAUAUAAAUUCUUCAAAUUGAGUCAGGAGUUUAAAAGCAGACUAUAUUUUAUAACGGCCUUUUAAGUUAUUGCGGCCAAAGCACUGAUAUUAUAUAUUUGCUGUAAAGAGAAUUUAAGAGUUUUAUUUUUCUGAUAUUAAAGUUACUUAAUAAAGACGGUUUCAUUUAAAGCCA